UAUUCUAAUAAAUACCAUCACAGACUAGACUGACUGGUACCAUCGAUAUUCUAAUAAAUACUGUCACAGACUAGACUGACUGGUACUGUAAAUAUUCUAAUACAGCCCAUCAACGACUAGACUGACUGGUACCAUAAAUAUUCUAAUAAAGGCCAUCACAGACUAGACUGUACGAUUGCUUAGUGAUUGAUUUAUUAAUCGAUUUGAAAAUUGAUUGAUUGAUUAAUUGUCACGUCUUAAUCAUGUCUUUGGUAUAUAUUUUCCAGCUUUCUGGAAACUCUCCCCCCCCACCAGAUUUGAUCCUGGACCAGAAACAUGUACCAGAGUCUAAAUCUGUCAUCCCCCCAGGUCCCCUACCCCCCUGACACCGGGGCGUACCUGCCCCCCACCUCCGGCAGGGUGGUACCCAUGCUAACCCCCCUGCCCUACCUACAGACCUGUGAUCCCACCCAUCAAACCCUCUGCUGGACUCAGAGCGGGGGGGAUGGCUCUGGGUUCAGCCCUAGCAGCCCCUCCCUCCCUCCCAACGAUUUUUCAUUCCCAAACAGCCCCCCCCCCAACCGAGACUCCAGCUACCAGAGUCCACUGCUGCUGGGUACUCGGGGGCAGGGAGAUCAAUACGGUGGGGCUCUUGUCCACUCUGUGGGAGGGGCUUACUCCAUGCCGUACACCCACAUAAGCCCAGAGAUGGCCCCAUCCCCUUCCUGGACCCAAGGACCCUUGGAACUGCAGGGCCGAGGGGGGGGCCAUGGAAGAUGGACCGGUGUGGAUCUGAUGGACGAUGUUUCCACGGAGGGACGGGAGUGCGUUAACUGCGGCUCAGUGUCAACGCCGCUGUGGCGAAGAGACGGAACAGGACACUACCUCUGCAACGCCUGUGGCCUGUACCACAAGAUGAACGGGGUCAACAGACCGCUGAUCAGACCGCACAAGCGCCUGCAGACUCCGUCUCGUCGCGCCGGACUCUGCUGCACCAAUUGUCAUACCAGCACAACCACGCUGUGGAGGCGUAACGCUGACGGAGAGCCCGUCUGUAACGCCUGUGGACUCUACAUGAAACUGCACGGGGUACCCAGACCUCUGGCCAUGAAGAAGGAGAGCAUCCAGACCAGGAAAAGGAAACCAAAGAUUCCCAAAAAGAAAACAGCCACACAUGGCGUCUCAGCAUGAUGUCCUCCCAUCGGUUGACCUCAAAUAUGAGGACUUCCUCUUCUCCCCCGCCUCCAUGUCUGCACAGAAAUGGUGUGCUCUGUCUCAAGCCUGAGACACUCCACCACCUGAUGGCACUGAUGACAUCACAGCUGGUGACAUCAUGGCUUCACGGGGCUCCAACAGGAGGGUUACUGCGACAACCUCCUCCAAAUCUACAGGACCUAGAAGUCCUGGAGGUCAUCUCUAACUCACCUGGACUGCCAUUUAGCCUGACCAGGACAGUGAGGAACUAAAAAUCAAGUUUUUUGUUGACAACAUUCCAACUAUUACAGCCACAGGAGAUUAGAAAAACUAUGGAAGCAGGACCAAAUGAGGCCAGAAGACAGGACCAAAUCAGGCACCAAACUAGGACUACAGUGGGACUAGGCCAGGAUUAAACAGGGACUAAACCAGGACCAAGUAAGGACUAAAGAAUGUGUACACUUGGACUUAACUGGUACUUAACAAGAACCAAAUCAGGACUGCACUGGAAAUAAACCAGGAGUACACGGGGACUAAACCAGGAUGAAACCUGGACCAAAUACAGAUUAAUCCAGAUGCCAAAAAAGGACUCAAUAAGGAGUACACUCAGACUAAACAAUCACUAAAAAAGGACCAACCAGGACCAAAUCAGUCCUGCUCUCAGAAUAAACCAUUUCUUAACUGAGAAAAACUUGGACCAGGACUGAACAGGUACCACCAUGGGACUAAGCCAUUUCUACACUGGUACCACCUGGUGUAAACCAUCACACCAAAGUAGGAACCAGGACUAAUCAAGGACUACAUUAGAAUCAAACCUGGGCUUAACCGUGUCUACAUUGCCACCAAACCAGGAGUAGAAUUAGAAGCGGAUCUGAGCAUGCUCAUGUUGUCACUGCGCCACCCACUGGCCUGACAUGGAUCUGUGGUCAGGGCUUGUUUUCAGUCUGAAAGUGGUCUGGAUGUGGAACUUUCAAAAACCAUUUUCAUCUAAAUGUGGGUCAAGAAUUUCAGAGUUCUCUGGAUCAUCUACAGAGACUGGAUCCACCACAGAGACUGGAUCCAUUCCGAUACUGGAUCCACCACAGAACUCUUGAUUGUUAUUGGUGCAGACAGGAAAUAAGGGCCCGUGUUUUAUGGCGGCCUCUUUACAGCGUGUAGAUGAUUAACGUUUAUAGAGUCAGUAUUUAUGUUAAGAUAAGGACAGAUGAACCUUCAGGACCAGCUCGUGUUUUAUCGUCCAACAUAAUCAUGGCUUUAUUUUUUAUAGCAGACACAUAAACCGUCAUCAUAACAACCAAUCAGGAUCUGAUCAUCGUUAUACCUGACAUUAACGAGCUCAGAAGC